AUGUCCUACGCAGAUUCAUCCCAUGACGAUGAUAUUGAGCCGAAGAUCUUGACCAAAUACGACAUUAUCCAAAAAAUAGGGAAAGGGGCGUAUGGUGUAGUCUGGAAAGCCGUUGACCGUAAAACCCAAGAGGUCGUAGCUCUCAAGAAGAUAUUUGACGCAUUUCAAAAUGCGACGGACGCACAACGGACGUUCCGUGAGAUCAUGUAUUUGCAACGAAUGGAUCACGAAAACAUCAUUCGCUUGGAUUAUGUGAUGAAAGCAGACAACAACAAAGACAUCUACUUAAUGUUUGAGUAUAUGGAGACUGAUCUUCAUGCUGUCAUCCGUGCCAAUAUCUUAGAAGAUGUUCAAGUCCGUUACAUCGUCUAUCAACUCUUAAAAGCUUUAAAAUAUCUUCACAGUGCUGGUAUAGUCCAUCGCGACAUCAAACCAUCAAAUCUUCUUUUAAACUCCGACUGUCUUUUAAAAGUCGCUGACUUCGGUUUAGCUCGUUCUUUAGAUAAAGAAUCAUUACAAACCGAUUACGUCGAAACUCGUUGGUAUCGUGCUCCUGAGAUCUUAUUAGGUUCUCAACGUUAUUCCUUCGGUAUCGAUUUAUGGAGUGUCGGCUGUAUCCUUGGCGAAAUCGUUAAUUGCAAACCACUCUUCCCUGGUACUUCCACUCUUAAUCAACUCGACAAAAUUAUCGAAUUCACUGGCCAGCCUACCGUCGAAGAUUUGCAAGUCAUCGACUCCCCACUUUCUAUGAAUCUCUUCGCUAGUUUACCUCCUCGUGACCCAAAAAAUCUCCAAGAAAUCUGUCCAAAGGCUUCCGACGACUGUCUCGACUUAAUGAAAAAACUCCUGACCUUCAAUCCUGACAAAAGAAUCACUGCUGAAGCCGCUCUUGAGUCUCCUUUCGUGGAAGAAUUCCAUGACCCUUCCGACGAACCAAGUGCUCCUGGAAAGAUUACUAUCCCAAUCACUGAUAAUCAUAAGUACUCGAUCAACAACUAUAGAGGCUCCCUUUAUAUCGAAAUCACGAGGAAAUACCCAGAGGCUGAUAAAUGA